CGCAUUGCUCGAGCUCCUACUCGUCCGUCGACUCGACAAGAACCCGUUCUCGAACCCCAUCUGGAUAGACGAGAUAGACGAGAUGCUCCCGCUGCGCUCCAUCAGCGAGAACACGCCGCGCCAUCGACCGCGGACUGCAUGGAGCCCCACGCGUACUCCAUGGCGAUGAAGUCGUCGCGCCAGUCCUCCAUGUCGCGGAUCCCGGCGAGGCAGACCUCGACGGCGUCGGCGAUGAUAGUGGCGCCGACGAUCCAGGCGUUAGCGACGGCGUCUUGGGAGGCGAGGGGCUGCUGCUCGAUGAACGUGAUGGCGGCGUUGGCGGUCUUGUCGGUGGCGUGGUCGGCUAUUUCGCGCUGCUGGCCCGCGUCGACGCGCAGGAGGCUGCGUUUGCUGUCGGUGUUCAUAACCAAGAAACCAAGGCUUAAUCAGCGCUUGACCCUAUGCAACACAUUGCAUAUGACAAGAUCGCCCUCUUGGUGCAGUCGCAAGCAGGAAAUUAUGACGAAGGGUACUUCUGAGAACGGAAUAAGAUGCUACUGAUUUUGAAGAGGCAAAUGACGAGCGAAAGAAAGUGACAGUGUACUGUCAAUGCCUUGACCGUU